AUGUGUCAUAAAAGUAGCUCCUGCUCGCCUUGUCCAAUGCCAAUUAAGAGCUUGACGUCAUUGCUUACAUGCUCUAAAAUAAGUGGUAAUUUACUUUUACGCGAUUCCAAAGAUCCUCUUGUGUCUAACAGUGCACCUACUUUGAAAGUUGGCAUGUGGAAAGUGGACAACGCAGUAAGAACAGCAGAGGCAGAGGUGAAAAUAAAGUCAGUCGUGGGAACUCCCCAGUAUGGCAAAGCAGGCCUAGGGAUCAACAAAUCUUUCAAAAUUCCGUAUUCAAAACAGUGCUAUGCGUAUCGUAAAUUAAUAUCGAACACAGCUAAAGAUGUCGAUGAGGAAGGCAACAUGGGUAGAGCAUUGCAGUUGCAAGUGCAGGGUCAGUGGACGAGAUGGGAAAAUUACACAAAAAACGAUCUAUCUUGGAAGUCCAUUUUUGCCAUGUCCCCGCACUUGCUUUCCUUCUGUCUUGCUUCUACUUACGAUGUUCUUCCCUCACCUAGCAAUUUAAAGCGCUGGAACGUUUGUACUGAAUCUGCUUGUGCCUUAUGUUCCAAACAAGUAUGUACAACAGCGCAUGUUUUAGGCGCUUGCAAGGUUGCUCUAUCACAAGGAAGGUUCACUUUCCGACACGAUGCUGUGCUUCGCGGGCUCCUGUUAAGUCUAGAGCGUUUUUCAUCUGAAGUUGUCCCGGAAACGAAAAAGCACCUUAAAGUGUCAUUUGUAAAAGCAGGUAGCUAUUCCUCUGCUAAAAGAUCAAAACCAACUGGUCUAUUUCACCAUGCUAGUGACUGGGUGAUGUUAGCAGAUCUGAAUGAAGGAUUUGUGUUUCCUGGCCAUAUUGCAAUCACAUCCCUCAGGCCAGACAUUGUAAUAUACUCAAAUUGUUCUAAGCGCAUCAUCAUUAUUGAACUUACUUGUCCUUGGGAGGAAAACAUGGGAUCCUGGCAUUCCACCAAGCUUUCCAAAUACUUCCCUUUGGUCGAGGUAAUACGUAGCAACGGGUGGUUUCCGCAUCUUUUUGCAGUAGAAGUGGGUGCUAGGGGCUACUCUUCAAGGUCUCUAACUUGCUGUCUAAAAAGCCUCGGUUUCGCUAGCAAAUCUGCGUCUUUAACCGCCCGCAAGCUUGGCGAUAUAAGCAUGAAAGCAUCCUUUUGCAUUUGGAUUGCACGAGACUGA